GAGAAAGAGAGAGAGAGAGAGGGGGAGAGAGAGAGAGAGAGAGAGAGAGAGAGUUGGACCCCUACGCUCUGCUCCAUCGAUCUGCAGAGGCGCACAGAGGAGCUUCUCCCGGACGUUGGACACAUUUUCUGAGCUUUCAUUUUUUUAGGGGGAAUGCCAAAAGUGGAUAACUGUUUGGAACAUGCUAUUGGAAAAUUUGGUACGGUAGUGGUUGUGUUCUGUCUGUGGGGCACUGAUGUCAGCAGAGCUUAUGUUUUUCAAGCCAGUAGACCUGCAGAGGGAGGAGACAACCCACCACCUCACACUAAAGUCUUCUCAGAGUGGGUCAGCUCAGCGGGCUCCUGCAAGGGGAGGUGCUUUGAGCUGGAGGAGGCUAAACCUCCAGGAUGCAGAUGUGACAAUUUGUGUAAAACCUACUACAGCUGCUGCUCCGACUUCGACGAGCACUGCCUGAAAACAGCGGGAGGUUUUGAGUGCACGCAGGAUCGCUGUGAGGAGGAUAGGAAUAACGACUACGCCUGUCACUGCUCACAGGACUGCCUGGAGAGAGGAGACUGCUGCUCCAACUAUAAGUCACUCUGCAAAGGUGAGACUUCAUGGGUGCAAGAAGACUGUGAGGAGAUCAAGACAGCUGAAUGUCCUGCAGGGUUCAUCCGUCCUCCCCUCAUCAUGCUGUCUGUCGACGGGUUCAGAGCCUCCUACCUGAAGAAGGGCAACUCUGUCACUCCCAACAUACAUAAACUCAGAGAGUGUGGUACGUCAGCACCCUACAUGCGACCAGUCUACCCAUCAAAGACCUUCCCAAAUUUAUACACUCUAGCCACAGGUCUGUACCCAGAGUCUCACGGGAUUGUGGGGAACACCAUGCACGACCCAGUGUUUAAUGCCACCUUCAGCCUGCGCUCCAGAGAGAAACUGAACCACCGCUGGUGGGGGGGACAGCCAAUCUGGAUCACAGCAGAGGAACAAGGAGUGAAAGCAGGCACUUUCUUCUGGCCUUGGGUGAUUCCUCUGGAGAGGAGGAUUUUGACCAUCCUACACUGGCUGCAUCUGCCUGAUGAUGAGAGGCCGUACGUUUACGCCGUCCACUCGGAGCAGCCCGAUACCUUCGGACACCGGCUGGGACCGCUCAGCAGUGAGCUGGAUAACCCUCUGAGGGAGAUCGAUAACAUCAUUGGACACCUGAUGAACGGUCUGAAGCAGAUGAACCUGCAUCGCUGCGUCAACGUCAUCAUCGUAGGAGACCACGGUAUGGAGGAAGCCCACUGUAACCGGACUGAGUUUCUAAGCAGUUAUCCGCUCAACAUAGACGAGAUCCAGCUGAUUCCUGGCUCGCUGGGCAGAAUACGACCCCGCGACCCCAAAUCCAUCACAUAUGACCCAAAGGUUGUGGUUGCAAACCUCACUUGUAAAAUGCCAACUCAGCACUUCAAGCCGUACCUAAAGCAACAUUUACCCAAGAGGCUUCACUACGCCAACAACCGCAGGAUCGAGGACAUCCACCUGCUGAUGGAGAGGAAGUGGCACAUCGCCAGGAAAAUGCCAGACAAAUUGAGGACUCGCUGUAAUUUCUUAGGUGACCACGGCUUUGACAACAAGAUAACCAGCAUGAAGACCAUAUUUAUGGGUCAUGGACCGAGCUUCAAGUUCCAGAAAAGAGUGCCAGAGUUUGAAAAUAUAGAAUUAUACAACGUCAUGUGUGACUUGUUAGGGUUGAAGCCGGCCCCUAACAACGGGACAUACGGCAGCUUGAACGACAUGCUGAAAGAUCCUCCGUACCAACCCAGCAUGCCGGAGGAAGUGACAGCACCGUCUCCAGCGUCCGACUCUGAUGCCGCUGUGACCCACGACCUGGGCUGCAGCUGCGAUGAUGAGAACAAAGUGGAGGAGACGAUUGAAGCCUUCAGUCCUGCACCAGAUGGGAUCUACAGUUACAACAUUACCAACCUCCCUUUUGGUCGCCCAGCUGUAAUGUUUGACACUCAGUACAGUUUGCUUCACCAUGUGGAGUUCAUCAGCGGGUACAGCAAAGAGCUGGCCAUGCCUCUGUGGACAGCAUACACACUGCCACGACAGGAGGACUCGACUCCCAUCCCGGAGGUUUCCCCCGGGGUUCAGUGUAUCCGAGUGGACUCCAGAGUGUCAGCUGAUCACAGUCAGAGCUGCACCACCUACAGCCAGAACAACCAGCUCACACACGGCUCACUCUUCCCUCCAGAGCUGGCAACGUCUCCAGAGUCCAGAUUUGACGCCUCGCUCAUCACCAACAUCGUCCCCAUGUACCCGGCCUUCAAGAGAAUGUGGAGUUACCUGCAGGGGACGCUGCUGAGGCGUUACGCUGAGGAAUACAACGGCAUUAACGUUCUAGCAGGACCCAUAUUCGACUACAACUACGACGGCCUCCGAGACACCACAGAGAAGAUUAAAGAAUUCUCGGCCGACGCCCCGCACGUCCCCACCCACUUCUACACGGUGGUGACGAGCUGCCAGGAGCUGAACCAGACUGUGGAGGAGUGUGACGGAGCACUCAGGGUCUUUUCCUUCUUGCUACCACACAGACCAGAUAACAGUGAAGCCUGCAAUAGUGUAGAGGAUGAGUCACAGUGGGUCGAAGACCUGCUGAAGCUCCAUACGGCACGAGUCCGAGACGUGGAGAUCCUGACGGGCCUGGACCUCUACCGGUCUACCAACCUCACCUUCACCAGCACCCUGAGCCUCAAAACCUACCUGCAAACCUUCGAGAGUGACGACUAGACGCACAGAGAGACAGACACACACAUACAGGAUGUAGCCAUUUGUAGAAGUCUUGCAGGUUCCCAGCACACUCGCUGGACAUCCGGCGCAUCGUUGUUCCACUACUGAGGAACUGCCGAGAAGUGCUUGGAAAAGGGAACGCAUUUAAAAAUAAAUUAAAGAUUCAAAGAAUGGUUUGGCAAGUAGUAGUUACAAAAUAGAUAUAUAAAUAGAUAUUCAAUACUAUCCAAGAAGGAAUAAGCUAGCACAGGAAUGAUGCAGGAUGGGGUACUUUCUCGACAGCUGCCACUACAUAUUUUAUAAAUGCAGUUUAUACAGUACAUCUUCAUGCACACAUAAAGGACCAUAUUGGGGUUUUAGCUCCAUGACUAUAAACAAUGUAACUUCUAUAUUCUAUAUUCCUACUGCCCAUCCAUUGCAUGCUGUAGAUUUUAAACAUUUUUGAUUAUGUAUUUUCUAACUCAUAAAAGACUCUUGUAACUUGUAUGACUUGUAUCAGCAGGUGUUAUUAUUUGUCAAAGUUUAUAAUAUUAUUGUGAGGACUUCUCAUAACAAACUACACUCAGACUACAGUAGCUGUGAUUACAUUGCCACGCUAAGUGAAAGCCAGGGCCUGCCUGAGAAGUUGGAAAAAUGCAUUCAAAAAUGUGAAAGUCUACAGCAUGUUUGCUAAAUUAUCAGCAGUAAUAAAAAAAUAUAUAUUUUGAGUUAAUGGGCUAAAACGUGCAACUUUGCCUGUAUGGUUCUGUAAAGGAAUAGUUUGACAUGGGAAAUACACUUAUCCUCUGUCAGUUAGAUGAGAAGACUGAUACCACUGUCAUGUCAGCAGCUGCUUAGCUUAUCAAGACUGCAAACAGGAGCAAACAUGUGCCGACCUACACCUCUAAAGCUCACUAAUUAAUAGGUUAUAUCUCGGGGUUUUUAAUCUAAAAUGUCAAACUCUUCCUUUAGAACAACAUGCUAUAUACAUAAACAUGUAGCAGAUGCAUAUAAACACACAGGGCUCCACAUGUGGACCAGGCUCAGAAAGUAUCCAGAGGCCUUCUAAAGUUCCUCACAUGUUGUGGAUUUUAAACAUGUUAGAAAAAACUGAGCCUUUCAUGCGCUUCACCUCCUUUACAAUUAUUAAUAUUACAUGAUUACAAGAAAUUGUUUACACACACUCUUAGGUACUCACGACUGAAAUGUCUUUUUGAGAUGUAAAAAUAAUGAUGAUACAAUGAGGAAAAUCCUGAGCAGUAUAAACCACAUACAUAAUAUAUAAUAUAAUACAAUAACUAUAUAUAGCUCCUUCCUGUUUUUUUGGCCUGCUGACACACACACACACACACACACACACACACACACACACACACGCACACACACACACACACACACACACCAAAUGCAACACUUUUCUCUCUGUUUUCACAUCCUCCUCUCUCCAUCUCUUUCUUUCUUCCUCCGUUUCAGCUGAUCAUCUAGGUGUAUAUUUUUAUACAAUUUGUCAUAUUUAUUACGUAGCAUCAUAAUAAUAACAACAACAGCAGCUAGUGUUCCAGUAUUAAUCCACUGUCUACUGUAAAACGAUAGAAAUACAUCACUGAGGGGACAAGACUGAUGCAACCUUAAAGGUGUUUUUUUCUUUUGUUAACCUGGGUCUUAUGUUGAUUCUUUUUGUAAUGAUAAUAUUUUACUAAGCAGCUUUGUUGUGGAAAUGCAUCCAAAUCACAACAUUUCUAUCAUCUUUUGUUGAGCAAAUCUGCGUAACAUGCCCAACUCUGGUAAGCGUGGUAGGUCAAACACAGAAAUAAAUAAUGAAGUAAUAUAAUGGACAUUGUUUUGGACAUUUAUGUCAAUAUUAGGCAACAUUCACCUUCAUGGGGAUCCAGCUGUGUCCUGCUAAAUCCCAGUGUCUUUGCAAAAUAACUAAAGAAAGCUAAAACUACAAAAAAUAAUAACCACGUUAUAAAACAAACUAUUUUUCCUUUAAUGCUGUAUCAGCAGCCCAACAACACUGGUUUCAUUUUCAGUUUGUUACUGCAGUCAACUCAUCUCCUUGUUCGACUUCCUGCAUUUACUCUACACAGAUAAUAGCAGUCAGAACCUGUAUUCUCUCACGUUUGGUAUUUACUUUAAAAACGUUACACUGAUGAGUUAACAUAGUUAAUCAAUAGAACAGAGAAAAUAAUCAAUAGAAAGUCGAUAAAAUGAUUUUAGAGCUUGCCAAACAGUAGACAAAGCCAUGUUUACUCCUGUAGUUUUUGAAAUAAAAGCUGUAGAGAAUUGGAAAA